AUGUCUGUUGCUCAACAUCUAUUGAUGCAGAAUCUUGCCCAUGAGGCAGAGGGAUUUCUAGACCCCCAUAUGGCAGGGCAAAUUCAAGCUAUUGGUACUGGAAGGUUCCAAUAUGCAAAACUUCCAGAGUUUAUCAAGGCCAAGCCCCGGCCUUGCAACGUGUUUGGUGCAGGAAUAUUAAAUAGUCUGAUCUCUGAAUACCUGCAGUCGUCCAGCGUGCUACUUAACACGUCAGCUAUCUCAGAUCCCAUCUUAGAUCAGACGCGAUCAGAAUCGAUUCAGUCCAUGUUAAUUUGGGCAUUCGAUUUGAUUCAUCAGAUUGAUACCUGGGAAAAUUCCAUCCCACCUCACUGGCAAAAACAAUAUUGCAAGCAAAACACUCCUGGGGUAGUCUCUAUCUUGGCUGAUCCAUGGACUACUACUUUUCUUGCUGUAACUCAUUCAGCCCAGAUUCUCUUCUACCAGAAUGUUAUUGCCCUCUGUGAUGAACUGACCAUGAGAGAACCGGCAAUGGGAUCAUUCACGGACAAUCACCAACAUAUAAAACUUCGAAAAACCGCCGCGGAUCGAAUCAAAGCCCCUUUGGAGGUCGUCUGUUUUGCAGUCACAUCCAGCAUUGGAGAGUUGGACACAGAUGGCCAGUUUUAUGCAAAGCCGACUGUCCAGUUGGCAAAUCAUAGAAGUCAAACUGCUGACAUCUAUGGAUGCAUCCCGAGGCCCCCUAAACCCUAG